AUGGAAAGUGAUCUAAAAAUAGGCUCCCGCGUGCUUUGUAAGUGGACAGACGGGAAAUAUUGUAAGAUUUAAUUAGAUCCAGCAGAAAUUGUCCAUGAACGUUCAAUCCCCAGUCAUGAAUUUUACAUCCAUUAUCUUCCUUUCAAUAAGCGCCUCGAUACCUGAAUAGCUCAAGAUCAAAUUGCUCCUUUACCUCCAGACAGCGAUAAAACUGCAGAUUCCAUGGUGACUCGCUACAAUAAGAGGAAAAGAGAGGAGCAAAGCCCAACCAAUCAGUCCGAAAAUUUCAAUAGUCCAGAGCUUACCCAGUUCGAAAAAGAUCAUGAAGAAAACACCAAAGUAAGAAACGUAGACCGUAUUAUUCUGGGUCGAUAUGAAAUAAGUCCAUGAUACUAUUCACCAUAUUUGUCAAGAUAUCCACAUAUACCUACACUUUAUAUAUGUGAAUUUUGCCUUAAAUAUAUGAGGCAUGGGUCGACUUAUAGAGAGCAUGUCAAAAAAUGCUUGCAUAAAAAGCCCAUGGGGAAAAUGAUAUAUAGAGAUAACGUGAAUUUUGGAAAAGUUAAGUCAGUCAGUGUGUAUGAAGUUAUGGGAAAUGAACAUAAACUUUAUUGCCAAAAUUUCUGCUUGCUAGCCAAGCUGUUUUUGGACCAUAAAACACUAUAUUAUUAUGUCUCACCAUUUAAAUUUUACGUUUUAACAGAAGAUUCAGGAAAAUGCUCCAGAGUUGUAGGGUAUUUUUCUAACACCCCAGUUAUUAGGAGUUUUUUCAUAAAAAUUGAAAUUAUAAAUUUAUAAUAGUGCAUAGAAAAUUUUUUAUUAUUGAAAAAUUAUCCUAGAGGAUGCUCAUCCAUUUAUUCCCAAUAAUAAACAAAUUUUGUCUAUUUUAAAAAAUUUACUAUCUCUAAAGCCUGCAAUAAUUAGAAGCUUUACUUAUUAUUGAGUAGAAGUAAGGAAAUUGGGAAUCAUGAUUAUAAUUUAGCUUGCAUUUUGAUAUUGCCACCUUAUCAGCAGAGAGGAUAUGGAAGGUUUUUAAUUUCUCUUAGCUAUGAGCUGAGUAAAAGAGAAGGAAAAAUCGGAACACCAGAAAGACCACUAUCAGAUAUGGGGAGAAUUUCUUAUAAAUCUUAUUGGACUGAUACAAUUUUAGAGGUGAUCAGAGAUCGAGGGAAUUUAACCAUUAAAGAAAUAACAGACAUUACUGGAAUAGCAAACCAUGAUGUUAUGGAAACUUUGACUUCUUUGAAUUUAUAUUAGACUACAUUGAAUUUUUUGAAAUAUUCUUAAAUUAAAAAUAAUUUAAAUCGAUUUUGGAAAUAAAUGGGAAAUUAAUAAUGAUUGGUAUAGUUAAGUACUGGAAAGGUCAACAUAUAAUGAAUAUUGCAAAUCCAAAAAUGAUUGAAGAGCAUUUCAAGAAAAAGGAACAGAGAAAAAAGAAACUCAAAAUUGCUCAGAUUAAGUUUGAUCCGAGGAGAUUAAAUUAUACUGUUACACCUCAGUCUUAA